GCACAACUCGCCAUAGAGGGACAUGGUCCGCAUCGAGAAGGUGCCAGCGGCCUUGGGGGUUGAAAAUGCGGGUCCUGCUGACUCGGUGGAGGUGAAUUUGAAUAUCUUCAAUUGAUCGAGAGCGGCUCUGCGAAGCUUCAAAGGGCACAAGCGAAUUGUACACAAUUUAUUCGCGGAUAAUCAAUCCACCCACAUUGCGACUAAGGCAAGGUAGAUCAACGUUUACCAGGAUCGAAAGCUUAAAUGACGUUGAUGGAGGAACGAGGACCCGGAACCUUGACGUCUUUUAAUUCACAGUUUCCAAGUCCAGUCCCCCAUUUCCACGAAUAUAUAGUUUCAAUGGAUCUAUUUCUCUCAUGUCCCCUGUCAAUUGGCUUCUCACCACCCGUCUCAUCCAGUUGUCGUUGUAAUGAGGGUCUGCUCCCUUCUCGGUGCCCUUGUGGCACUCGUUUCACUGUCCUCGUCGACGAUUCUCCAGAAUGGGCAAGUCAGAGAGACACACUUCCAGGAGACCACGGUCGCUUCCAUAAGCCUUAACUCAACCGGCUGGAGGACGUAUGGCCCAAAUGCUACUGAAAUAUCCUACAAGGGCCGUUGGGAUAGUAAGCACAUCUCGUGGUGGGCUGCCCCUGGGAUCAAGUUCGGCUUCACUGGACAAGAUGUUGCCAUCACGUUCGGCCAGUACACCUCCCAAGGAGUGCUUGUUGCUUACCGCGUGGGGGGCCUGGAUUGGCAGUUCACUAACGUGACUGCCGGCUCCACCCAUCAUUUCAUCUCCCCUAGCACGCUAGGCCUCGGCGCCACUCUUUCCAACCAACUUCCACUAACAUUUGAGCUCCGUGUCACAAAUUGGGCUUAUGGCAUCCAAAUCCGAGCCGUUCACGUCAACUCCAACUCCAGGCUCAUUAAACUCCCUAACUACAGCAAAACUAUCGAGUUCAUUGGGGACAGCUUGACAUCCGGGAUGUACGCUACAUAUGAAGCAUUCUCAGGUUUCGGCUAUAGCAUCGGCGCCGGCUUCGGCAAUGUCGAGUUCAGCAUCACCGCUUACCCUGGCAUAUGCUUGCACGACGCGAACUGCUGGGGCAAUCCUCGAGGCCAAACAUACCAAUGGUUCCAAACAUCCGACACAUCUUGGCGCGCAUCCGAGAUAUAUGGGACAGAACCUGAGAAAUGGGAGUUUAGUAAACACCCCGCCGCUGACAUCGUUGUCAUAAAUCUCGGCACAAAUGAUAAUAAUACCGCCAAUAAUGUUACCAGCUCACAAUACCUAUCCUCCUAUCUCUCUUUCGUCGAAAAAGUCCACACUACCUACCCUAACGCGCAAAUCGUUCUUAUGUCUCUCUGGAACGGCUUCUACUCCUUCGGAAACAGUUAUGCACAAUCUGGCGCCUUCAUCAACGAAAUCUACCAAGUUUAUAACCAUUACAAGGAUCAGGGUUUUGUGCAUUAUUUCAAUAGUACAGGAAUACUGCAACACAAUGAUAUUGGACCGCAGUGGCAUCCGACUGAUUUUGGACAUAUCAAGAUUGCGAGCCAUGUUAUGCAAUAUAUUAGGAUCAAGUUUGGGUGGGAGUUCGGAGCUACGGGGCCGGAGGUGCAGCAUGAGACGCUUUAUUGGAAUGACGAAUCGGGUUAUUGAUGAAAUAAUAUAUGGUGCUUAAAAGGUAGGUGGACUGAGGUAGAUGCACUUGCCGAAUAAUUUGGUGCAUUACGUUACGAGUUUACGACAUUGCCAAGCACCUGAGUAACAAAUAUCUACCCUCC